AAUCCAACACGAAACACGAAAAAGGUAAACGACCAUGACACAGGACACAAUAAAGACGACACUACCAGUAUCAGUUAGUUCUUCUUCCUAGCUGUGGACUCUAAUAGCUGAGAUAAGAUAUUGCCACCUGGAUAGCUAUAGCUCUAUUAUCUGCGAGAAGGCACAGAGACAACGGGCCCACGAGCUUGCUGCCACCGGUCUGAGCCAUACCCACAAGAUCACAAGAUCGUACCACAAGAUGACACUGCUUUGGCGAUUGGUUGGAAUGAUCCUCGUGGUACCCCUGAUUAUGGGGCCAUGGGUAUCUCCCUCGUCCUUGUUGUUCGUCCACGGAGCCCAUUCUCGACUAUCUUACGUGGUUCGACGACGAGAAAGGGAACCACAGUUUGAUCAAAGCAUUGCCACAUUCAACAAGGAAGGUCGUCUCCUACAGGUGGAAUACGGAUCGACCGCAUCCGAAAAGGGCUCCCCAGCAGUUGUCGUGAGUGGCCGAGGUGAUGAUACCCUGAUUGUGGCCAAAUCCAAGGAACAGGUAUUCCAAUUGGAUAGAGAUGUUCUCAUGGUGGCAUCGGGUCUAUUGGGAGAUGCCCAGUGGCUGGCGGGGAUUCUACGGCAGUAUUGCCAAAAGUUCCGGUCACAGUACCAAGAGCCACCUACCCUACAAGAUGUGGCGCAGUACGCAGCGGACUUGGGCCAUUUAUUGACACGACAGGGAGGACUUCGACCUCUGGGAUGCGCUGUCAUUCUGGUGUCAACAACAGCAAAAGAGAAUCCCAUUCAGAUUGGACAAGCAGGAGCCGUGGAAACAGAUCGGUCUUUGCUGGCCAUUGGAAAAGGACGUGAAGACAUUGUCAAGGCUUUGUCCGAUACACUAGCAUCACGGAAAUGGAACAAAGGCAAACACGAAGAUGGAACGCAAAACUCUGCCGUACUCAAAGCAACCGUACAAUCCAUGAAUCUGAAAGACGAGGAGACGGUUGUCCUGUGGAAGAUCCAUCCAUCGUCCGACGGUGCCAGCAACAGCAAGAAGAGUCUGAUCACUUGUCUUGUCAAUGUAGACAAGCAAAGCUGUCAAUAACCAUGGUGAGAAAGAAAGAAAAGAUUGAAUAUGACGGCGACUCCAUUCUUGAGUUUCAUCUGAAGACCCGAGAUACAAGGUUCACAUCAGCUGGACAGUGAUUCGAUUCCGAUUGUUCGUCGUCCCGUGUGAACCAAGGCUCUUUUAUCAGGUACGAUACCCAGAAGUUGUGUGUUUCCUCCCUUUCUUGGCUAUUUUUGCGAGAAACAUUAUCGAACAAGCAUUCGGCGGGUUUAAUCUCAAUCAUGAACGAGAUUGCAGGAGACGUUCCGCUUGCAUGGUCCUUAACAGCACUUUGGGAAACUCGAUACUACAAAGCUAGUCUAGCUAGGACUGGACUCAAUGCUCGGCUAUGCAUGCGAUAAAUAGAUGUUGAAGACAACGUGUGCUGAAACUAGUGCGUGUUCCAUUAUUUUAAUACGUUGAAAGAACAUGUCGUUUAGAUCAUUUCGAGAAAAGAGC